AUGCCGCCCGCCGGGAAGAAACAAGUCGUGCGUGAGCUGCCUGUGAUGGACGAAAACAACUGCUACAAGGAAGCUUGCAACGUCUACUACACCGGCAACCGGUACGAGGAGGCCUGUGCGGUCUCCAAAUCCAAAUUAAGGCGUUUGGCAGCGGGAAAGGGCCCUGGCCAGAAUUCCCCGACAGGGGUCGGCAUGAGAAACCCCGGUCAGUCCCGAGUCUGGACCAGCGCCGUGAAGAAGACCAUCUCCGUGCUGUCCAUAGUGCUGAACUGCUGUCUGCUGGGGGCUGUUAUCUUUCUGGCCGUUACAAUGACUGAGCUAAAACUGUCAGUCAGCCAGCUAGAAGAAAGGGCAGAGACAUCGAUGAACAUUGCUGAUCUUGAAAGUGUCUCUGACAAACUUCAACAGGCAAUUGAAAUAGCAAAAAGCCUGCCAGUCAACCUUGAACGACAGGAAAUGGCUCUGGAGAAACUUGCAGCCGGCAUGGCCCAACUGACCAACUCUCUGAUGUCCGACAUCUUGGAAAAUAAUAAGAAAAUGCUCCAGACACUUGACAACAUGGGAGGCAACGGCAAGAAUCAGCAAGAGAACCCGACAGACGCUCCAGUGAGAGCUGCAACUGAUCCGCCACCGUCCUGCCCUGACGACUACCACAAGUAUCGUCAACUCUGCUUCAAGGUGUUUGAAACACGCAAAAAUUUCCACGACUCGGCUGCCGCCUGCCGUGCCGACGGAGGCACCCUCGCCAUGCCCCGGGACGCCGGCAUCAACGCCUUCCUCGUCUCCCUCAUCAACGCAGAAGAUCCGUACGGCUCGGCUGACUACUGGUUCGGCUUACACGAUCAGAGGGAGGAAGGUAAGUGGGAAUGGAUGGACGGAACCGCACUGGAGAGGAAGAGUGAGAUGUGGGGAAUAAAUCAACCCAACAACUUCCGAGAGGGGGAAGACUGCGCCUCGUACGGAUGGAGGGACCUCUGGUACGAUACUGUCUGUCACAGGGAGCGGGAGUUCAUCUGCCAAGUCCUGCCAACAGGUUUGUAA